ACACAGACCGCUCCUCCUCGGCAUUGCAUACCAGUAAACAUCUCAUCUACGCACACAGGGUUUCUCAAGUUUUUGAGACAUAUCCCGUGUAUAUUGCGCUUUGAAUCGCGCAGUACCGUGGCAGCUGCUAUGGAGUUUGAGGUGCUGGCAAAAUGUCCAAUCACACGAGCAAGGGUAUCGCGAAUGAAGCUUCCACAUGGCAUAACAAUGCUACCUACUUUCAUGCCCGUGGCGACUCAGGCUGCUAUCAAGGGCUUGACGGCGCACCAAGUCGAAGCACUUGGUAUCACCUUAAUACUGAACAACACCUACCAUCUAAAUUUACGACCUGGGACCAAGAUACUCAGAGAUGUUGGUGGAGCGCAUCGAUUCCAAGGAUGGAGGCAUAAUCUGCUCACAGAUAGUGGCGGAUUCCAACUUGUUUCCUUGAACAAGUUUACGCAGAUUACAGAAGAAGGCGCUCUUUUUGCUAGCCCAUUCACAGGAGAACCUACGAUGCUUACCCCAGAAGAGAGCAUAUCCAUUCAACAUGCCAUUGGCUCCGAUAUUAUGAUGCAGCUAGACGAUGUAGUGCACACGCUCACGGUCGGGCCGCGUGUGGGCGAGGCGAUGUGGAGAACAAUACGGUGGCUUGACCGUUGUAUCGACUUCCAUGAGAAUUCGGGUCGAAAGAACAGCCAAAGCUUGUUCGCAAUCGUUCAGGGGGGCAUUGAUCCUGAGCUGCGUGAUCAGUGUCUCGACGAGAUGGUCAAGAGGAAAGACCGAGUCGCCGGAUACGCUAUUGGAGGGCUCAGUGGGGGAGAAGAGAAAGACACGUUUUGGAGAAUAAUCAAACAAUGCGCGGACAAGCUACCUGAAGACCGGCCUCGUUAUUCCAUGGGCAUUGGCUUCGCCGAAGAUCUUCUGGUCUGCGUCGCACUCGGGGUUGACAUGGCAGACUGCGUGUUCCCGACGAGAACAGCUCGCUUCGGCGUGGCCUUGACAUUCAACGGUCCGCUAAAUAUCAGACUAAAGAAGCACGCUACUGAUCUGCGGCCAAUCGACGAAACAUGUACAUGCCCAACCUGUACGAGCGGGACGUCACGAGCGAUGCUACACCACAUUGUCACAUUGGAAACGGCAGGUGCACAUGCCCUCACGCAACACAAUAUCGUGUUCCAAGCACGAGUGAUGGGCGGUGCACGGGAUGCGAUCAUGAACGGCACUUUCCCAACAUAUCUCAAGACUUUCUUCGCCAAUUACUUCGGCGACACUGGAUACCCAGAAUGGUGUGUCAACGCCUUACGCAGUGUCGGUGUCGACUUGCUUGAAGAUAGGCCACACACAAAGAUCAUAGCAGGCGACGCAACGAAAUGGGAGUAUUCUGAUGCAGCUUGAAGCAGUAGAUAGAGAACAGUCGAUUGG